CUCGGGACACAAUCCGACGGCAACGGGACUCUGAUCCACACGACGCAAAGUUUACCUCAUCACUUCAAGUGCGGGAUACGAGUUGGAAGGAUGUGUUUGCGUUUCGCUGCCGCUGAUAUCGCGGAAUUCACUAUCAGUUUACAGGAGCAGAGUCGGGCCGGUCUGGACCCAGCAAAAAGUGUCUGAAGCCUGAUAGCAGCACUGUCGAAGCCGAGGAGAUACAAAGUCAGACACAGACGCUGAGAGUGGGAGAGCAUAAUAAACUAAGUGAUAUUAGUGCGGUGUGAUGGAUGGUCGCUUUCGGUGGAUUGAAUCGCUUGAUUGAUAUUAAGUGGAAGAGUGGAAAAUUGGCAUGAAAUUGGAGAUUUUUGAGACGUUCGGUGGAAAUUUGGUUCAGUGAGAAGAAGAAGAAUAAAAUGGUGAAUUGAGUGAAGAGAUUAAUAUAUUGAUUGUGAGCGCACUAGUUGUUGAAUGCAUAAUUGUGUAAACCGCGUAAAGCGAAGCAAUAAUUGUUAACGUAAAAUUUAGUGACAUCGGUAAUUUCUACAUACUUCAGCCUUCGGAGAAUAUCAUCGCAAUUGUAUAAUAAAACAGCCAGACUUGCGCCAGGUUAAAAAGUAUUCGAAAAUUAAAAUAGUUGACAGUUUACGGUGAGGAACAUCGGUUCAGGCACAUAAUUGCCCCACAUAGAGGAAGUAAGUGGGCGAACACAUAAACCGUGAAUAACAAGCUGCUGAAAAGAAGGAAAAUAAGCUCGUUGACAGUGUGUCCCAUAUGUGGAAAAUAAGGUGAACGACGGUGAAAAAUUUGCUUCGGUUUUUUUUCCUCUUUUUCCUUUUAUUAAUAUUUUUGAAACGUACAUGAUGAUGAUGCGGCUGCUUUCCCUUGGCUGAGCUCUCGGGAAGAAUAGAACAAGCGACGGCACAACGUCAAAGUGUAUUUUCGUAGCCCCGCUGCAGGCCGUAUUCAAGUGCAGAAUAGCGAAGGAUAAAAAAUAUCAAAACAUUCCCCAUACAAUCAAAUAACAUUACUUUACACACCUUUCUCUAUAAACGGAGUAAUAACAUCACAUUCCACUAGCCGCUUUUUGGUGUGGCACUUCCAGACGGCAGUCAUAAGCUUGGGCUGAGUGCGACUGCUGCGAAGUCUGGAGCAAGUGCUGUUGCCCUGAAAAGGCGAGAUCAUAGCGUACCACCUCCCACCCAUCCACCGCCAGCCAUUCCACCCACCACCGAUUACAGACCUGGUAGAGAGGGAGGUCGGAAAAGCGCGCACGACGCCGGCUUCUGCUUUCCCCGCUUUUUGGGGCGUGCGGGGGUGUGCUGUUGUUACCGUCAGCACCUUUUUUUUGUUGCUCUCUGUGCUUCCGCUUCACACACUCAUUCAGGUUCUCCGGCAAUCGGUGGAACGCGGAACGCGCGGAGAGGAUACAGGACUCGUAUUCCUGCACAGAGCAAUCGGGGCGCGAGAGUGAGCUAACCCUCGCCUCACUCCUCCAGUGAUAUCAACAGAACUCCAGAACUCCAUUAAAUUGAAGCGGAAAAAAGAAAACUAAAAAAAAACGAGAGUGAUAGAGUGAAAGAGAGGGAGAGCGGAAAACGAGGAAGUGAGAGAAUUUAACGAGCGAUCCGUGAGUGGGAAAGAGAAAAAGAAGCAGCUCAGCAGCAAACGGCAGCGCGGAGGAACACGGAGCUCGUAUAAUCAAUUGGCAAACUGGGCACUCAUGGGACACCGAAACGCCGAGGGGCCGGACAUGAGCCUCCUGUGAAAAACUUAACCGUCAGUGACGUCAAACGUCUAGUGUCAGGAAUGCACAGUACUGAAAAUGUUGCUGUGGAACCGAUCAGUGAUCACCCAGCCAAUGUACAGCCAGUGCGGACCCUCAACGCCACCAGUGUUACAGCCAUGGGACACACGACAGUCACACCAAACGCACCGGUAAUCCAAUCAUCGGUUUCAUCAACUCCGAACCUCAUCGGCAGCACAGGGUUGGCCAAAGACUGCGCCGGCUGCGGGAAACGCAUCACCGAGCGUUUCCUGCUGAAGGCACUCGACCUGUUCUGGCAUGAGGAUUGCCUCAAAUGUGGCUGUUGCGAUUGCCGGCUCGGUGAGGUCGGCUCCACGCUGUAUACGAAAGCAAACCUGAUACUAUGUAAGCGAGAUUAUCUUAGAUUGUUUGGCACUACCGGAUACUGUGCCGCGUGCAGCAAGGUGAUACCGGCGUUCGAAAUGGUCAUGCGUGCCAAAAAUAACGUCUAUCAUUUGGAAUGUUUCGCCUGUCAGCAGUGCAACCACCGGUUCUGCGUGGGUGAUCGUUUCUAUUUAUGUGAUAAUAAAAUUUUAUGUGAAUACGACUACGAGGAGCGUUUAGUGUUUGCCAGUAUGGCAUGUAACCCAUCUAGCUUAGCACAUAUAAGGAGGCAAGUUAGUAAUUUACAGCCAGCCGGAGAAAACCUCAUCGGUAAUGUCGGCAGUGGACGUAUGCCGCCAGCCGUUAAUCGACCUGCAUACGUAGCAGAUAAAAUGGGCCUCACGCAGCAGCAACAGCACCAGCAACAGGGUUCCCAACACCAACAGUCAUCCCCUGCAUCGGCCAAUCAGCAUCCACACCACCCUCAGCCGCCCCAACAGUCACCGCAGCAAUCACUCGGCGGAGGACAUCUGCAGAAUCCCGCCCAGCAGCAGCAUCAUCCCAGCAAUCUAGGACCACAUCGAGACGACGGCUCCAGUGGCUACGGAAGCCCGGACUCGGAAACGUUCGAGACGCCUUCCUCCCAAUGACGGCCAGUUGCCUAAUUUUGUUAGGCAAGCUAGUUGUGAGUGUUGCUCGUUCAAGGGCGCCGAUUUAUACUAGAAGAUACGUUCGUUACCAUAUACGCAAAACACAAGUUAAAACAAGUUAGAGGGAAAUGCUUCUGAAUUCGAUCACUUGUGAAUUGGAUUGCAUAAUUUAUUUCCGCAAUUGACGCACAACGAAAGCGAUUAGAAGCCCAAUUUUGGCAACUCAAUGGGUUCUUCAAAACAGUUAUUAGGAUGCCAAAAAAAUCCUUCUUUAUAUUUGAAAGGCUUUAAACUUUGCAGUUCACUCGCCUCUAAAGUCCACAUCAAGAGCGUUCCGAGGUUUCGCUUUCGGCAUUACAAAAGCGACAUAUAUCAUCUUGUGCUGAACCUAUGUUCUUAAGAUGGUAUUUACUCGGGCAGUGUCCUGUUACAAGACCAGUGAAUGUGCUUGAGUCUUUCCUAUUAAGGCUUAGCAGUUGUUGAGUAAUUUUAAUACUGGGCUUAAUAUUUUUUUAAAAACUAGAUAAGAAGCAUUAUCAAAGACACCUUCGAUGUCAAGAAACGCGCAUAGAGUGGUUUCUUUUGACAAGAGAGUUACAAGCUUUGUUACUAGCGUGUGUAGCGCUGUUACUGUGGAUUUGCCUGAUUGGUAGGCAAACUGGUAUUUAGAUAAUGGGCAUUUGGACAUGCAUACAGACUUUAUGUAUUCAUACAAUACUUUUUCCAUAGUUUUCAGCACUAUUGAUGAUAAACUAAUUGGUCUGAAUGCCUUUGGGAGUGAUUUGUCACGAUUCCCCGCUUUUGGAAUGAAAACUACUUUAACAAGUCUCCAUAUCGAAGAAGUGUGCUCUAGGCUUGCCUUAAAAAUCUCGAUUAGAGGUGGAAAUAGUUUUGAUUCUCCAUUUUGAAUCAGGGCUGGAAAAAUUCCAUCUGCACCUGCAGAUUUGUAAGGUAGAAAGGAUCUCACCGCGUUAACUACUCUGACUCUCGUGAAGACUAACCCAGCAACUAUGUUAGCGACAUCCUUUGCACUUUCAGGUCUUGUGGGGUGCCAUCAAGAGCAUUUUGUGUCGCCAUUAUAGCCAGGAUUUGUAUUCGAGUGGACAGAUGUAGAUCCCGGAAAGUGAGUCUUCAUCAGUAAGUCUAGUACUUCUGAGGGAGUUUUUGUAAACGAACCGUCGUCCUUUUGAAGGGAACCUAGCCCGUUUGAGAAGUCUUUUGCCAGAGUCUUAUUGAGUCUAGCAACGGUUGGAGUACUUUCAAUGCUGUACUCAGUUAGAGCCGUUUUGUAUUGAGACCAGUCCGAAGUAAUUUUUGCUCUGUUGAACAGUUUCAGCGCUGUUUUGCGAAGCUGUUCAAGUCUUUUAUUCCACCAAGGAACUUUUCUUGUCGAAGAAACUUUUCUUAGUGGGCAAUUGUUGUUGUAGACAGAGACUAUCGUUUCGUUUAAUUCUUUUGAGGCUGAUUCAAGCUGCUGAAUCGACCGUAUUUUUGAGUUUAGAGGUUUUGACUCGAGUUCAAGGGAAUACCGAUCCCAGUUGGUUUUUUGGGAUCUCGGUAUUCUCGCUGAACUGUCAUGCCACCAUCCCAUUCAAAAAUAAUGUGUCUAUGAUCAGACAAAGACGCCUCUUUGGAAACGUGCCAGUUAUGAACCUUGUCAAGAAUAACCGGGCUACACAGCGUUAGGUGUAAGACUUCUUGUCUGAUUGCGUUCAUGAAUGUUGGUUCAUUUCCUUUGUUAGCAAUAUCUAUGUUGUUUUGACGAGAGAAAUUCUAAAAGACACUCUCCUCGGUAGUUGAUGUCGGUACUUGCCCACAUUGUGUGAUGAGCGUUGGCAUCACAUCCGAUGAUGAAGUCCUUGUUGAUUUCCCUACAGUAGGAAAUUAGUGCCGCACCUUAUCACGAUUCUUACGUGGAUUUUAGGUGUUGGGUAACGGGGAGCUCACCGGGCGGUACAACGGGACGGGGUUUUCACGGGCAGCGAUUCGUGAAUGCCUUUCCCUGUCUACUAAGCUCUGGACGGUGCCCAAGCACGUGCAUCGGCAGUAGAGUGUACAAAUAACAAGGGAAUCUUCUAGCAACAGCAGAUGACUGAACUAUAGCCACCAAUAACCAACGAAAUUGCAUGAAAAAACUACGGGCUUCCGGAAGCGAGCAACACUCAACAUUUUACUUCCGUUUUACGUAAGGAUAGUCCCAUUUGAUAUCUAUCAUUAGGUGACAUGGUUUUUUUACGUGGAUUUUCCAAUUAACGCGGUUUUUUCACGAGGUACGUAUCCCCCGCGUAAAAAAAAACCUGGGUGUAUUUUUAUUUUCUUAUUUUGUAACUGCCAGUCAGCGUUUUCCUACCAAAAAGCUCAACGACGACCCCUAAGGAUCGACGCGGGGCUGAACGUGUUAAUACGCCUCAAUUAUAUUCCAAAUGGCAUGUUCAAAAUAACGCGGUCACAGGGCAAAUUGGAAGAAGUUUCUUGGACGAAAUUCAUACGGGAUUUAUAUCCCAAGCUACUCUCACGAUUGCCCUGGCUAGUUAUACGUUUAAACGUGGCUAACCUUUAGGCCACGAAAGCCCUGUCCUUACUUGUUUGCAUGUAAAAUUUAAUUCCCGUUAGAAUAACUUCAAUUUAACUGCAGUUCUACCCUUUUUCUAUAUGAGCUUUCAAUAUUGACCAGUAUUCUUCAAUUGGCCUUAGAUCCCGGAGUAUUGGCCGGAUUCAUCUCCUUGAGAAUUACUGAAACCCACCCAUUUUCGCUGUAUCAUUCUUUGGUUAAGUUUGAGUAUCGGCAACUUGUUAAGUCUCCGGCUAGAAUAGACAAUCCAGCUCAUGAUGCUCCACAAAAGGCAGUAGCCUCUUCCUACUGAUAAAUUUGCUGGUUCAGUCAAGAAACUUUUUGGGGAAUUUCGAUUUCUUCUCGAAUUUACAUUCUUCCGAGGCACUUUUUAUCUAAUUUUGAAGACAUGCCUGAGUUCCUCGGUAUACCUACAUCAACACAGAUGUGCGGGUUUUCCAAUGAGAACAUGCUACGACAGCGCCUUAGAGGAAAGACAUUGUAGGCUGUCAGAUGCCGGUCGCUACAUCCUUUCAAUGUAUCUGGAGUUCUUUCUACGUUGAAAACGCUCUAUAGCAGACCAGAAGCUAUCGUCCAAGCUGCUUCAAGAAAAAAAUCUAAGAUGAGCCAGAUGCUAUGACUGAUGCUAAGAUCGUUAGGAAAAUCUCAAGCAGAACUGUCAGUGGGGAACUCAAUUCAGGGAAGUCAUCUCGGUCCUUUGAUAUUUUUGAUCUACUUCAAUUAUGUGAAUCUAGUACUGGAGGGCCUCAGCUCGCUGUUUUUCCACGUGAAAUCCGAGAUUGACGUAUUAUUUUUCCAACGACAAUUGGAAAAGACCCAAUUCAUUUCAGCUACCAUCUUGAUGGUGUUUCACUAGCCAGAGUCGAAUGUGUUGGGGAUCUGGGUGUUUAUUUGGUCGCCAAGCUCAACUUCAAAGCACAUGUCAACUACGUCGUCGGUGUAGCCUCCCGCAGCCUUGGGUUCAUUAUGCGAAUUGCGAGAGAUUUCACCGAUGUAUUUUGUUUGAAAUCACUAUUCAGUGCUUUAGUUCGCCUAACGCUGGAAUAUUGCUAAUCGACUUGGAAUCCAUAUUACCUGAAUGGAGUCAACAGAAUUGAAGCCGUACAGAAACGGUUUAUUCGGUUCGCUUUGCGGCGUCUACCGUGGAACAACCCUCAUCAGCUGCCAUGUUAAGAGAGCCGAUGCCGACUUAUAAAUCUAGAAACGCUACACAUACGGAGAGAUCUAAUCCGCGCUAAUGAUGGCUAGAACAGAAUGCCCAGUGAUUCCUGAAAACAUCAGUUUUAACGUUCAAUCUCGAACUCUGCGAAACCACGUCUUCCUUCGAGUACCUUUCCGUCGGACUAGCUAUGGAUGCAACUCAGCCGUUCCAGACCUAAAGCGGCUGUUCAGUAAAGUAGCUUCAGGUUUCGACUAUCAUAUUUCACGAAGUACGGUUCGGCGAAAUUUCAUUAUUAUGGUGAGAAAUGUUCAUUAACAUCAUUAAGACAGCAAAGUGUCUGUUGCUUUACCAAAUAAAUAAAUGAACACAAGAAGAAAAUGUCAGUAAGGAACUCGUUAUGUUGGCUCCUAUGUUGGUCCAAUAGGAGUUCAAUUUGGACGUCACCUAUGUGGUCUAGAUACACGGGUAAACUUUGCCCACACGGUUGAAAAUUCGAUGGCAACCAUAGAAGCAUGUGCAGUGCAGGACUUCAUGUACUCUUCAUAUAAGACUCUCGCCAACGUUUCAGUUGAACUAGGCAAAUUAAUCCCGAGACAAUCUUGCCCCAAAACUUGUGAACUUCAGAUCCUACAUUCUAUACUCCAUCGCGAAGGAUGCAAGUACAAUCGUUCAGAGCGCUACCAACGCUCCACACUGAAGCCUCACGAAAGACUUAGCGUUCAUCUCGCAUGUGAACGUACGUACGUACGUACAAAACUACGUUUAAAUACAUUACUUAAACUUGAUCUGAUACACGACUCGACAAACCCUAAAUGGUCGAACACUACAAAUAUGUCAACAUCACCUUGGCAAUCUGAUGUUCAACUUACGAGUUAUAGCUGUUCAACUAAUGCUGUUUAUUGUAUGCUUCAAAUCAAGAGAAAAUCUGAACCUUAUCAUAGCGUUGAAUUACAUACGCGGUUGCUCCUCCCAAAUAUGACAAAAAUCAACUAUCCAAGUCGCUUUCUGGGAUGUGUACACAUCUUUACUAGAUAUUUUUGACAUUUUAGUUGUUAAUGUUUCUGAAACGAAGCUCACCAAAGAACCAUAAUCAUAAUCACGAUUGUUUCAAUCCUCGACUCAUUAAAACUACCGACAAAUAUUUAGCACGAUCGAAUUCAGAAGCAUCUUAUCGUCUCACCUUGAACAAAUCAAGAUUUUUUGAGUCACAGAGCCAUACUAAGAAAGGGAGCAGGAACAUUUUCGUUGAAGGUUCCCGGUUCAAACGUGGAAUGAUUUGGAUACAUAGUCUAGUCGAAAUGAACUAAGAAUACUGGUAAUAUAAUUCCCCAAGAUAAAUCAAAGAUAUGAAACGAAUUACUGUUUAUCUCUUAGUAUUUAAGGAGAAAGUUGUUAAUUUAUUUUAAUUCUUGCACUGUAAAUACAAUUCAAAGAAGGCAAAAGGAUAAGCUACUCGAAUCAAUAGGCAAAUUUACAACAAAAAAAUGAAGAUACGAAACGGUUGAGGCAAGGGUCUAUUGAGCAAGAUAAACGAAUCAAUGUAAUUAUCCGGUAACUAGUGUAAGCAGGUUAAGUAUUAGAACGAAUCAUUUUAAAGAAUUAAAUUUUGAAUACAUAUCUCUGUAAUUUUCAAUGCCAUUUCUGCACACACACGCGCGAACACAGAAAACAUAGACCAACUUUUGAGGAAUACCUAAAUUUAUGAUGCAGAAUUUUCACAGUUCUCUAUUGUUUGAAAAUUUCGUCGGGCGAAAAUGUACAACGUAUGUUUUCUAGUAUUCUGUUUUGGAUAUUCAAACAAAUUACGUUUCUGUUAGAAGAAAAUUUACGCAAAACUCGAAAGUUAUGCCAUUUUUCGUAUCAAUGCAUCCAAUUGCUAGGAUCGCAAGUAUGAAGAUUAAGAAUGAUCUAUGUUUGCGAGCAAACAUGAAAGUAUUAUACGAUUAAAUAAGCAUUAUUUAUGAAAACGAUAAAACAACACACAUAUAUUGUAAAUAUGAAAAUUUUCCUAAGAAGAAAUCUGGUGCA